AUGGAGGCAACAACAAGCACGCAGCCCACGAGCGUGGUGGAGGGCCACAUCUCGGGCCAGUCCAACAAGCCGCUUUCUCAGCCGGCUCAUAGCCUUUCCGGUGAUCAAGUGCUGCAGGAGCUGCAGUCUGAUUCCGCGCGGGGCCUCACGGCCGACGACGCCACCCGGCGGCUCGCCGAGCUGGGCAAGAACGAGCUGGAGAGGAAAAAGGGUGUCCAGCCAUGGGCCAUCUUCCUGGAGCAGAUAUUCAACGCCAUGACCCUUGUCCUGCUCUUGGCUCUCGCUGCCAGCUUCGGCAUCAAGGCCUGGAUCGAGGGUGGCAUCCUCGCCGGCAUCAUCCUCCUCAACAUCUUCAUCGGCUUCUUCCAGAGCCUGCACGCCGAGAAAACGAUCGACUCGCUCCGCACCCUCGGAUCCCCGACAUGCAAUGUGUAUCGCGAAGGCGACACCAUCAAGAUCCAGACCGCCGAAGUCGUUCCCGGCGACAUUGUCGACCUCAACACGGGCGACUCGGUGCCCGCCGACAUUCGACUCCUCGAGGCCGUCAACCUCGAGGCCGACGAGGCGCUCCUCACGGGCGAGUCGGCGCCUAUCGCCAAGAACCCAGCGCUGGUGUUCGACGACGACACCGGCCCCGGUGACCGCCUCAACGUCGUGUAUAGCUCCACGAUAAUCACCAAGGGCCGAGGCCGCGGCGUGGUGUUUGCGACAGGCAUGUUCACCGAGAUUGGCCUCAUUGCGAGUGCGCUGCACGGCGGCCGCGACGAAAAGGACAUUGUCGAAGAGAGCAAGACGCCGUUCACCUACGUCAAGCGCUUUUUCAGGGCCAUUGUCAAAUGGCUCGGAGAGUUCCUCGGCCUUACACACGGGACGCCUCUGCAGCGCAAGCUCGCCCAGCUGUUUCUCUGGCUCUUUGCCUUUGCCAUAAUUUGCGCCAUCGUCGUUUUGGGGGCCAACAAGUUCGACACGCGCCAGGAUGUCAUCCUCUAUGCCGUCACUACUGCCAUCGGCACGAUUCCCGUGUCGCUGCUGCUUGUCCUGACGGUGACCAUGGCCGCCGGGACGAAGAAGAUGGUCGAGAGAAAUGUCAUCAUGCGGAACCUGCAGAGCCUAGAGGCGCUGGGUGGUGUGACCAACAUCUGCUCCGACAAGACUGGCACCAUCACGCAAGGCCAAAUGGCUGUCAGAAAAGCCUGGUUGCCCGGCCAUGGAACGUAUUCUAUUGACACGGGCAACGAGGUGUAUAACCCGACCGUCGGCAGUGUGUCGCUUCAAGACAAGCAGCCCAAGGAUAUCGAUGCGGAAGAAAAGGGAAGCGGAACGAUGCAGUCCAUCUCUCCACUCGAUGAACCGGGUGCGAAAUCCGCGCUGCAAUGGUAUCUCAAUGUUGCCUCACUCGCCAACUUGGCCACGCUCGAGCGGGUCGACGAAACAGCAAACGAGUCUGAGAAGACGGGCGCCACGUGGAAGGCCCGGGGUGCUCCGACAGAAAUCGCGAUUGAGGUGUUUGCCGCUCGGUUUGGAUGGAACCGCAUGGAGCUCUCCGAGGGCCCUGAGGCGAAAUGGAGUCACAUUGCCGAGUUUCCGUUUGAUUCGGAUGUGAAGAAGAUGUCUGCCCUAUUUCAGGACGCGCAUUCGCAGGAGGCGCACAUCUUUACAAAGGGAGCUGUGGAGCGCGUAUUGGAUAGCUGCGACCGUAUUGCCCAAGGCGACAGCAUCGAUGUCUUGACGGAAAAUAUGAAGACGGACAUCGUCACCAACAUGGAGGCUCUGGCAAGCCAGGGACUGCGAGUCCUCGCCCUAGCUCAUAAACCAUGCGAUCGACCCAUCGCCGAGUCCGACUUUGCGCACGGCACCGCCCCCAGUCGAGACUCAUUCGAGAAGAACCUCAUCUUCCGCGGCCUCAUCGGCAUCUACGACCCGCCGCGGCCCGAGUCCCUGCCCAGCGUCCGCGCCUGCCAAGGGGCCGGCAUCAUCGUCCACAUGCUGACGGGCGACCACCCGCAAACGGCGCGCGCCAUCGCCGCCGAGGUCAACAUCCUCCCGCCGCCAGACAAGAUGCGCCUGCUGCCGGCCGACGUGGUCGCCUCGAUGAUGAUGACGGCGCACCAGUUCGACGCGCUGUCGGACGAGCAGAUCGACGCGCUGCCGCAGCUGCCCCUCGUCGUGGCGCGCUGUGCGCCGAGCACAAAAGUCCGGAUGAUCGAGGCGCUGCAUAGACGGGACAGGUACGUCGCCAUGACGGGCGAUGGCGUCAACGACAGCCCGAGUCUCAAGCGCGCGGAUAUAGGUAUCGCGAUGGGGACGGGCUCGGACGUGGCCAAGGAGUCGUCGGACAUUAUCCUAACCGACGACAACUUUGCGUCGAUUCUCAACGCGGUCGAGGAAGGGCGCCGCAUCUUUGAUAACAUCCAAAAGUUCAUCCUGCAUGUUCUCGCCGCGAAUAUUGGGUUCGUCGUGGCGCUGCUCACGGGGCUGGCCUUUAAAGACGAUUCGGGGGUGUCCGUCUUCUUACUGACGCCGGUGGAAAUCCUCUGGAUGCUCAUGGGCACGGGAGCGUUUUGCGAGACGGGCCUCGGGUUCGAAAAGGCGGUGCCCGACAUCCUCAACCGUCCACCCCACGAUCUCAAAUACGGCGUCUUCAGCCCCGAGUUCCUGCUCGACAUGGUCGCCUACGGCAUCCUCAUGGCGUGCUGCACCAUCGGGUCCUUCACCGUCGUGAUAUUCGGCUUCGACGACGGCAACCUCGGCGCCAACUGCAACAACGAGUACUCGGCGGCGUGCAACGACGUGUUCCGCGCACGCGCCACCUGCUACACGACCAUGACGUGGAUCUUCCUGCUCUUCGCGUGGGAGCUCAUCGACGCGCGGCGCUCGCUGUUCUACAUGCCGCGCGGGUUCCGCGCCUGGGGCAUGCACCUCUGGGGCAACCGCUUCCUCUUCUUCUCCGUCACCGUCGUCUUCUUCGUCGUGUUCGGGACGCUGUACAUUCCCGUCAUUGACCAUGUUGUGUUUAUGCACACGGGCAUUAGCUGGGAGUGGGCGGUGGUGUUUGUUGCGGUGGUGGUGUUUAUGCUGGGCGCGGAGACGUGGAAGUGGGCGAAGAGGGUGUAUGUGAGGAGGAGGAGUCGCGGGGCGGAUGGUGUGCAUUGGACGGGCGUUGCGUGA